GCGCCAAAGCCCGGGAUGCAGGAGAAGCCUUCCCCGGCACCCGGAGCAGCGGGAUCUUGGUGCUCGGUCUCCCGAAGCUUGGAGUUGACGAGAAGCGUGGGUCUUAAUCUGCAUUUCUGUCUUCACAGGCAGCCUGCCUCUGCGAAGUGGUACGACCGAAGAGACUACGUCUUUAUUGAAUUUUGCGUCGAAGACAGUAAAGAUGUUAACGUAAAUUUUGAAAAAUCCAAACUUACUUUCAGUUGUCUUGGAGGAAGCGAUAACUUUAAACAUUUAAAUGAAAUUGACCUUUUUAAUAAUAUUGAUCCAAAUGAGUCAAAGCAUAAAAGAACAGACAGAUCUAUCUUGUGCUGUUUACGAAAAGGAGAAUCUGGUCAGGCAUGGCCAAGGCUAACGAAAGAGAGGGCAAAGCUCAACUGGCUCAGCGUGGACUUCAACAACUGGAAAGACUGGGAAGAUGAUUCAGAUGAAGACAUGUCCAAUUUUGAUCGCUUUUCCGAGAUGAUGAACAACAUGGGCGGAGAUGAAGAUGUAGACUUGCCAGAAGUAGAUGGGGCAGAUGAUGACUCGCCAGACAGUGAUGAUGAAAAAAUGCCAGAUCUGGAGUAAGAAAAACUGUUGUCUUCAGGGUUUGGGGAAAGAACUUCAUCACAACAUUUCAUAAUUGAGAUAAGAAUUCCUGAGUUGAUAGCCCUAAAGGGAGAUACUGCAUCCUUUAACCCAUUUUCGGUCCAUUUUAAAUGGCUUCACUGAUGGUUGGUGUUGUACGAGGCAGUCUUAAGCCGCAAGAGGCAAUAAUGUUAUGCAUGAACCAUUUUCCAGACUUCCAGAAACCAAUUGAGAUGUAGGCAAUCGAUACAGAGCAGUUGCAAUAAGAAGUUUACAGAGCCUCCUUGCCUCGUAGCAGAUGUUACAAAGGGAGAAUUCUGAAUUUACGUGAAGUGGUGAAUUAGCGUUUUCCCCUCUGUUGUGACCUGCAGGUAAAUGCAACCAUUUUAGUCUUUUACCUCCCAACAGAACUGGCUCAAACAACGUUAUUUUAAUUGGCUUGCAAAAUUUAACAGGUAACAUGCAAUACCUCUGCAGUGUCUUCAGGUGUGUUCCACUAAUGUUUUAUUAAAAAAAAGGAAACAAAAUUCACUUCACUUUCUAUUUAAUCACUAGUUCGUGUUCCAGACAUAUUCUAGCUAAAACUAGUGGAGCCCUAAAGUUCAAGGGGUGAAGCCUGUACAUUUGGUAUCGUUUGACCCUAAAGCUUUACAUCUCUUUAGUCCGGGGGUGAGAGUGGCUGUACAUUGUUGCUUGUCGAUCUGUACAUUUAGACCAAAUUGUAUUUGCACUGUUGGUAUGGAAACGAGUGACAAAAUGUUAUACACUAUUGGGUUUUUUUGUUAGUUUAUUUGACCAGCUUAUAACAAGGCUGAAAAACCUCAAUU